AUGUUUCCAGAUGAAUCCCACCAACAUAAGGGCCUCCUCCAGCUAUUGCUGUAUUUUAGAUGGGUGUGGAUUGGCCUUCUUGCUGUGAAUGAUGACAAAGGAGAGAAAUUUGUACAGGAUGUACUCCCUAUGUUUUCCCAGCAUGGCAUCUGCUUUGAUUUCAUACAAGAGUUCCCAAAUGUAGCUUUUUACAUUGAUUAUAAUGAAGUAAUAGGUGAAGGAGUCCAAAUAUAUCAAGUUCUCAUGAAUAGCACAGCCAAUGUGAUAAUGUUAUAUGGUGGAAUUCAAUCCAUAGCAUUUCUGAGAAUGUUCCUCCAACUGUCAGUAGUGGAGGAUGUACCAAAGAAGACAAAAAUCUGGCUUAUAACAGCUCAGUCAGAUUAUACCUCAACUUCCUUUCAUAAAUUUUGGGACAUCCAUUUCCUGCAAGGUGCUUUAUCCUUUGCAGUUCACACAAAGGAGAUCCAAGGCUUCCAGGAAUUUCUUGAAAACUUAAAUUCAACCAGCAACCAGCAUGAUCGUUUUAGGAAAGAUUUCUGGGAACAGGCAUUCAGUUGUUUCUUCACCAACUCUGAAAUGGAGAAGUCGGAGAGAAAAUGUACUGGACAGGAGAGGCUUGAGACCCUUCCUACCUCUGUGUUUGAAACACGCAUGAGUGGCCAGAGCUACAAUAUUUACAAUGCAGCCUAUGCUGUGGCACAUGCUUUGCAAUCUCUGUAUUUAUCUAAGUCCAGGCAAAGAACAACAGUGAAAGAAGGAAGUCAACAGAAUCAAGAGCUGUGGCAGCUUCAUUCCUUUCUGAGAAGUGUCUCAUUCAACAACAGUGUGGGUGAAAAGAUCUCCUUUGACAAAAAUGGAGAAUUCAUUGGUGGAUUUGAUAUCAUCAACUGGAUCACAUUCCCAAACCAGUCCUUUCUUAGGGUUAAAGUUGGAGCAAUUGAUCCCACAAUUCCACCAGAUAUGUUCUUCAAUAUCUCUGUAGAUUCUAUCACAUGGCCAGUAGGCUUUAAUCAGGCAUCACCUUUUUCUCUGUGUAAUGAUCCUUGUGAGGCAGGAUACAGCAAGGCCAAGAAAGAAGGGAAGCCGUUUUGCUGCUAUGAUUGCCUUCUGUGUCCAGAGGGGAAAAUAUCAAAGGAGAAGGACGUGAAUGACUGUUCUCUGUGUCCAGAUGACCAUUAUCCAAACCCUGAUAGAAAUAAAUGCAUACCAAAGCAGAUUACCUUUUUGUCCUGUGAAGAACUCAUAGGGAUCAGUCUGACUGCUCUUUCUCUUAGUUUUUCUUUAAUGACAACUUUGGUAGUCACAAUCUUCAUUAAACACAAAGACACUCCUAUCGUCAAAGCCAACAACCGGAAUCUCACCUAUGCUCUCCUUGUUUCCCUCCUUCUCUCUUUCCUUUGUGUGUUUCUAUUUAUUGGGAGACCCAAUAAGGCUGUGUGUCUCCUUCGACAACCAGCUUUUGGUCUCAUCUUUUCGGUGGCGGUUUCUUGUGUAUUGGCCAAAACCUUUGUGGUGGUUUUAGCGUUCAUGGCCACCAAACCUGGUUCAAGAAUGAGGAAAUGGGUGGGCAGAAGAAUAGUCAGUUUUAUACUUUUUUCCUGCUCCCUUAUUCAAGCCAGCUUUUGUGCUGCAUGGCUGAUAAUGUCCCCACCAUACCCAGACUUUGAUGUGCACUUCAUGACUGAAGAAGUCAUCAUGGAGUGCAGUGAGGGAUCAGUCUCCAUGUUCUACUGUGUCUUGGGCUUUAUGGGUUUCCUGGCCGUGGUCAGCUUCUCUGCUGCUUUUCUAGCUAGAAAGUUACCAGACAGUUUCAAUGAAGCCAAAUUCAUCACUUUCAGCAUGUUGGUGUUCUGCAGCGUUUGGCUGUGCUUUGUUCCAACCUAUCUAAGCACAAGAGGAAAAUAUAUGGUGGCUGUGGAGGUCUUCUCCAUGAUUUCCUCCAGUGCUGGCUUACUGGUAUGUAUCUUUUUUCCCAAAUGUUUUAUCAUUUUGAUGAGACCUGAACUGAACAGUAAGCAUCAGCUGAUGAAAAGAAAGUUUUAA